AUGACUUCAUUUUCUACCUCUUCUACGCCGUCCAUCCUCCCCCAGACCCUGAACAUAAACUCUUCUGAACAACCUAGUCCUUGGCUGAACAGCAGCACCUGGUCACCUGUCAAAUCUUCAGGUUUUGGGAUGUCCUGCUUCACCAUGACAUUUGGUGCCAUCUCCAACCUCACUGCUCUGGGAAUCUUGGCUCGUGUCCGAUACCGCCAAUCAAAAUCACCAUUUCUGCUACUGACAGUGGCUUUGCUUUUGGCUGACCUGGGAGGCCAUGUGAUCACAGGCGCCUUUGCUUUGUAUUUGCACAUGGAUCGGAGGUAUACACCACAAGCUGGGAAGCCCACUGAGAAAUUCUGUCAGAUAUUUGGGGCAAGUAUGGUGUUUUUUGGCUUAUGCCCUUUGCUGUUGGGUUGUGCCAUGGCAGUGGAGCGCUGUGUGGCCAUCACCCAGCCCUUUUUCCACGCUGCCAUGAUCACAUUGGCUCAUGUGCGGCGAGUUGUGUUAUUUCUGUCGUCUCUUGCACUUGUGCUGGCAGUGCUACCCUUAUUGAAUGUGGGGACUUACACUACGCAGUCUCCCGGGACAUGGUGUUUCUUGCCUAUCCAUGGCCCACAGUCUACAGCUGACACCAAUCUGACUCUGGCCUUCUCAUGUCUGGGCCUCACUGCACUAACUCUUUCCCUACUCUGCAACAUCCUGAGUGGUCUGGCAUUGCUGCACGCCAGAAUGAAAUCCCACAAUGUUAAUACAAAAUCAGCAGCUCGCUGUACGCGCCAUGCAUCGUCCGCGUCGUCUUCCUCCUUGUUUUGUUCGUUGGAUGUGGAAAUGAUGGCUCAACUGGCAGUGCUCACUGUGGUUUCCUCUGUAUGCUGGAGCCCCUUUCUUAUCCACAUUCUUGUGAUGCAGUUCAACCAAAGCUCCAGAGACUCAUCUCAUGGGAAAGAUGGGUUUAUUCUUCUGGGCUUACGUAUGGCAUCCUGGAAUCAGAUCUUGGACCCUUGGGUUUACAUCUUACUGAGGAGGACAGUGCUUUUCAGAGUUUUCUCUGCUUUCUACACACAGAAACCCACAGUGAAAGCAAAUAACUCCUGUGCAGACACACGCAUGCGGGCUCUCAGUCUGCAAUGAGAAUGCUCUUGAACUUUUUGUCUCUUAUGUACUGAAAUAAAUUAUUUCUUUCAUGUGUGUUAAGUAAAUAAAAUAAA